UAUGAUAGAGAGACCCGAGCGUAUACGUGGGACGUUAGGAAUUUGGCUGAUAAUACUUCAUCCCUGAGCCAACACAUACCGCAGUUUAUUCAGAAUCUGGACCCAAGACUUCAUAUAAAUAUUAUUCUCCCAUUUCAUGCGCAAAGUAAAUAUGCGGUUAUUUUUGAUGGCUAUCCUAAUCCCUUGGCGUGCCUGUCCGACAACAGUGAUGCCGCCCCUCAGUGUGCAGUCGAUCGGUUGACUCAAUUGGAGGUAUGUUCCUCUGAUCCGAUCACUUUUGAACCACCGACUGAACCGACCACUGAGUCGACCACAGAAUCGACAACAGAAUCGACCACUGAGUCCAUGAGUACAUCUGGGGAUGAAUUGACAACUCAAUCAACGAUUGAAUCUCCGGAAGAAUUAACGAUUGAAUCGAUGGCUCCAUCGGCGACAGAAUCAGUCCCACAAACUAAACCCAUUGGAUUGCAUACAACACAAGCAAUCAACUCAACAUCAGAUACAAGUGCCUUAAAGUCCAUAACGAAUUCAGCAGUUAUACCCAUUUUGAGCGCUAUCAUAAUAGCAAUGAUUAUCGCGACUAUCAUUAUGAUAAUCUUUUAUCUUGUGGUCAACAAAAAGAAAAGUAAUGCAAAAUCACAUGCGAGCACAUCUUUCGCAUCAAGAGAGGCCUCAUUGCCAUCUAUCCAUACCGUGGACUCCCGUACUGGAGAAGUGGUGCCACAGAGAAGCGAGUCCUCCACUUAUGCCAAUAGGUUCACACGUGACUAUAACGACGACCAGAGCUAUCAUAACAACAAUAACCAGCAGAAUAUGGGCCGAAGGUAUCGCUCGCGAUAUGGACCCAAACCGCAGACCAAAUGGCAGGACAACAGACAGAUGGCGGCCAACGAUCUCAACGUAAACCUCAGCAGAGAUGACAACACCAGACAAAUCCGGUUCACCUCCAAAGAGGGCCAGUCGUCGUCCGGCGGUGGCAAUCGCUUUGGGUUCAACUCUUCGCAGUCAUUCCUCCGCAGAGACGUCGGACCUAAUGAGCGAAAUGACAGGAAUGACAGGAGUUUUAACAAUUGGUCCGUUCGGGCUAAACCUCGCGGCCGCGGACCGGGUGGACAGAGGGGUCCCAACGCCCGCAGAAACAUGUCUUACAAACGCAGCGGUCAGGCCAUGAAUCAGAUGAAUGAUCGCUAUCGGGAUGACGCGGACAGUCAGUGGUUUAAGAUAACGGUGCCUCACGGAAACAAAAUGGAUAAACAGACACUUCUGCAGCUGAUCCACGACUCGAUGCAAUUGGCGUUCACUCCUUAUAAUUAUCACACGGAAGGGAAUGCCAUUGUGUUCUUCGUAUUGGGUUUGGAAACGGCCGACGCUCUCAAAGCCAUAAGUCGUAAAAUAUCGGCGCCGUCGGGCCAUAAGCUGAUAGUAGUGGUGAACCGGUCGGCUAUACCGCCCACACCUAUAGACGAGGAGUUGACGAAUACUAUAAAACUAGUGAUGAGUCAGAGAUAUGACGCCAACAACAAAGUGAUGGAUUUGUCGCGACUUCGGGAGGACUCUAAUCUGCAAUCGUUGGGACUCUAUGUGUCGCUGAGUCGACCAAAUAUGUUGAACACUGUCAUCACGAUUAUCAUUGAAAACACUGCCGACAUCGUGGGCCUCAACCUCAAAGACAAUAAACUCAGUUCAUUGGAACCGUUGGUGAAAUUGGCGAACGUUUGCGAGGCCUUGAAAGCCAUUGAUUUGUCGCAAAAUCAGAUCCGAAACACAUCCGAAUUGGAUUUUAUCAAAGGAUUAGAGUUAAUAGAGUUGGCUCUCGAAGGGAACCCCAUUUGCGAGACGUUUGAAGACCAGGCCGUGUAUAUCAGUUAUAUUCGCACGCGAUUUGCAAAACUACUAAAACUGGACAGUGAAGAUCUUCCGGCAGCCAUUGGUUUCGACGUUCAGGAGACCUCUAACUUACCGCAAACUAAGGACGGACAUCUGCCAAAUGAUAUCAAAGAUUUCAUUCACGGCUUUUUUGAAGCAUUUUAUAAGAUAUACGACUCGGACGACAGGCAGGGCUUACUUCAGGCCUAUCACGACCAGGCGUUGUUCUCGUUGAGUAUCUCACGUCAAGACAAUAGUAGUCACAGGUUUGCCGAGAAGCAGAUCCAAGAGUCGAGAAAUCUGUUGCGCGUCAAAGACAUCGCCCAUCGGAACAAACUAUUGAAAAGCGGCAAAAUCCAGAUCGUGUCGGCGCUGUGCGAUAUGCCGCUCACCCGACACGAGGCCGACUCCUUCCAGAUAGACGUGCCCUUCUGUAACAACGCGUUUGUGUUGGUUGUGGUGAACGGCGUCUNUUGA